AUGGUUUUAGAACGAGGAAGAGUUACGUUUACGGUACCGCACGAGUUUAAGGUCACCCUCACAAUGCUCUCAGAAGCGUUGGACUUCCCUUGGCGCAUCAUUUCCGUCGAAUUUUUAGUUUCCGAUCCUGAAAAGAAUAUUAGUGGUCCUCUUAUUCACCCUCGACAGACUCGCUUCUUGGUGCAGCAGGCCCAGUCGCGAAUUCUUUACCAAAGUUUCGACAAGCGGCCACCACUAGUGCAUCUCUAUGACAUGCUGCAUGCUUUUGCAACCUCCUUGCAGUUAGACGUGCUCUACGAACAGGCUCAGCGUCUGCGGUCCAGGCGACCCACGGACCCCUUCAAUAUUGAAUGCUAUCGACCUGGUCAACUGCUCAAAGUUAUCUACUGGCGGGGUCUUACUAAUUGUAACUAUCAAGCAGUGAUGGGUCCUGACGGUAAAAUGAGGCCAGCGGUGUACUCAAUAAGCAUUCACGUGGACCCAUUGGAUCCGCAACGGCCGCUGAGUUUGACACACCAUCCAGAAUUGAGUGCCAUUGAUGUACAUAAGAUCGGUUCAUUUGUUCGAGGUGACUGUCUUUCAAUCGAAAACUUGCUGACUCGAACAAUAAUCAUACGAGCAGAAGCAAUACUCAUGGAUAUCAAACGUGAACUCCUUCCCCUCUCACCAGGCCCCAUUGUGACCAGUGAGAUCCCGCUGUGCUUGUCUGUGCCUAUACUCUGGCCUUGUUACACUCAUGAACUACUCUACCUUCGAGUUGACUCAGCACAAGGUCAUUUGCGGGCGUCAUUUGCAACUGAGUCUAUAAAAGGUCCACAACUCUUGCGAGAGCUUGAAAUGGCGUUCAACCGUCCGUCCUGUCGUCGAGUUAACUUCGACCACGGUUCUGCCACGGAUUACCGAGCCGGUACCCGCGGAAUGCGUAGUCUUGCCGGAGACGACGCGCGAUGGCAAGCACGACUCGUGGACAUUUUCGCUCGCCUUCGGUGCCUCCUCGGCCAGUGGCGUAUCUCCUCUGUGCACCACAAUCGCCCCGUGCGCGAUUCCCUGCCGAUUGCUGUCCCCACAGACAAGUCACUCGACUUACCCUACACGGAGCUUUUGGAGCGCGCUCAGCAAGGUCGCGUUGCCCUCUCCUACAUCAAACUCUUUCCCAACGAUGACCACUACCUUGUCUGCGAAAUAACUCCAACGCCCAGCCUCUCCGUGGAUUACCAGUACUAUAUGAUGAAGUGUGUGUCAAUGCCUGUGACUGUGACGGACUUCCAUGUCCCGUCAGGUGGUCGUUGGCUCACCUACAACCCCAACCACGUGGCCGACAGUUCUGGCGCAGUCAGCUCCCCCAGUGUUGUACUACGCAUCACGCAUUUUCUGCCUUUCAAUGGGAAUGUCCUCGCGCCUUCGAUUAAAUCCACUUUCUCGUGCAGGCAGCAGCAGCAGCCACCGGCAAAAAUUCGGAAACGUCGUCUGCUUGGUUUGCGGGGUCGGCGUCAGCCCGUUGUGGAGCUGCUCGUUCCCUUUCACACUGCUUGGACGCAUUCGUUGUGGAAACGCGGUGCUGUCUCCCCGCACGACGGGCUGUUUGUCGCACUCGACGCUCGGACGAUGUUAGUUUCCGCUGCCUGUGCUGGUUGUGUGGGUGGAAAAUGGGAUGAGGCAGUGUUCACCUGUGAUUCACGCACAUUUCGAGUGACUCCACGAAGAAGGAAUGAAAAAAGUCGAUUUAUUCUAAUCCGCGAGGAGCAAGAACGCCGUUCACAGACCCCCUCCGUCCGUCAUGCUGUGAAGGGCGUCAGCCAUCGUGGCAUUGUGCGGGCUAACGUGCGGCUGAAAUGCUCGCUGCAGGAGGGCGCAGUGCAGUCGCAACAUGGGCGCAUGCGACAACGGCUGAAGCGUGUCCGCGUCCUGCUGGACCACCUGCCAGAGGGUGCCAGUGACGUCAAACGACGCUGCCUCGAGCGGCUGGAUCCACGCGCCAGGGCGAUGGUCGAGUCGUUCGAUGUGUCGCGCGAGUCGCAGUCGAGUGACGCCGACUUCGAGCCCCUGCCCGACCUCCUGCGCCUCCUGAGUGACCUCGAAGACGAUGUUAUCGCCAGUGAACUGACCUUUAAGUUGACUGAGAAUGGGAUCGUCCACGAUGGCGUCAACAACAACGCACAAAGCGGCAUCCUCACCGUCGAUGUCAGGAGCAUUCCAACAAGUCGCCUGCCCACCUGGGCGCAGGCUGGCUGCGAGAGCCUUCGUCAGCACACCAAACGUGUGCUUCUGAUCAGCUCCACGAAAGCCUACGCCUCCUCACCGACGGCGGCGGCGGCGAUGCGCAGCUGGCGUCUCAACAUCGCCUUCAGCGGCCUCCCGGGUGAGCGCUGCACCAACGGCGGCAACCUGCUCUACCAAUCCGAGGAGGUCCACGUCAACAGCACCGCGGAGUUGGCGGCGUUUGUGGCGCUUGUGGUGCGCGAGUGGGAGAGCCUGUGUCGCAUGUUCGCCAUCUGCGAACCCGUCCUCAGGAACCCCGCCUGUUUGCCACGCGAUGUGAGCUUGAAGGCGUUCGAUGCAAAGAGCCUGGUGCUGGCGUACGGACCGGGCAAGCACUAUCUUGCAGAACUGUCGAUCGACUCGCGGCACCAGUGCGUCCUGCGUCUCGGUGUUCACCCGGGUCCUUCCACCGUGAAACGCCAACAGGACGACUCACCGGAGGAGUUAUUGAAGAGGGACCUUUUCGAGAAUCCCCACUGCAUUAUUCGAGAGCACCUAGAGUACCUUCUGAACGGCCACAAGUCGGUGUCCCGUCUCUGCAACACGCUAUCUUCCACUCUGCCGUUCGUCGUGGCGAUGGAAGUCGUUAGGAAGCCCACUGUCAUGACCAAUCCCAACAAGGUACUUCAAGCGCUGUUCGAUUUUAAGAUGCUUCCUUCAUGUCAGAGUGUGAAAGUUCAAAUUUCUGUUUUUUUAAACACACCUCCACAGUCGUCGUCCGUCGCGGCUUCAGCGCGUCCACUGAGAAGCAUGGCGUUGAUAGCGCUGUCGUGCUUCGACCUGGCGCUCGUCUACCGCGGCACGCUGUGCAUGCGCUUCAGGCUGGAGCAGAAGGUGACGCCAGGUGGGGCCACAGCCGACGUUGUUCACAUCUCCGACGGGUGCCAGAACCACGGACAGCCCGUGCGACCCGGUGGCAUCUCCAGCGAGAUCUACCCCGUCCAGGGGUUCGUCCAACUACCUGCCUUUCAGCAAUUUCUCGCUUCAAUCCAGAGAACUCUCAGAGCAGAAAGUGAAGGCGAGGACUCCCUGGGCUGCGUGAGCGUGCCGCAGCUGGCGCAACUCCUCACCCCCGGUCGUGGAAGCCCUUCGCCGCUCGAGUGCUACCUCUCCGCCAGUCUGAUCUUCCACGCCAGCUUCCAGGCGGUGAACACCCUCCGGUGGCAGGUACCUUCCGCGCCCGUCGCCCAGGCAGGCGAAUUCGCCUCCAAGGUGCCCGAUUCGGGCCUCGAGGUGCGUCUGAAGCUGCACGCCGAGGAGCCAUCCAAGCCUGAGGGCUUCUUGCCUCGUUGGCGUCUCGGUCUGAUGGUCACUCCCGAUCCUCUCACAUGCCCUGCCGAAAGGAGCGCUGAGCUGUCCGGUCGCAUCGGGGAGUUCUUCCAGCGGAGGGUCUGCAACUUGUCGCCUCAAGCAGCGGCCAUCACGUCGUUCUUCCGGCUGCUCUCUCUACCCGCCGCGACUCUCCACGACCUCGUGUCCAACGUCUUCGCGUGGGACCUCGAGGGAGGCAGUUCGGCGCCGAAUUCGCCCUUCAUUCGCGUCUGUCUGGUGUCCGUCAGCUCGCCACACUUCCCCGAGCCCGCUGUCGUCCUCCGCGCACCCACCACUCUCUCCAUGCAGCUCAUCGUCUCGAGUCGACCACCACAGCACCACCACGACCAGUCCUCCGUGGGCUCACGCUCACCGAGCACUGAGAUGAUCUGGCUGACGUACGAUUGGUCGAAGAAUCACGUGGCGUUUGUGCCCGGCUCGGCGUCGAAGCGUCUGCAGAACUACGACGACUUCAUUAACCAGCGCUUCAUGGCGACCCGAGCCUGCACGCUUGUGCAGUUGAUCUCGCACAUUCGUCAGAUGCCGCCGCUCAGCUCAGACGUGGCGCCAGUGGCGUCGGUUGUGAUGCGCGUGCCCGCCGGGCCCGGGACCACUCUACCUCAGCACUCCAUGCAGUGA